GGGCGGCCCUACCUACACUGCGGGCCCGGACUCUGCGCUGCGGCCGCCCCGACGGACGGACGGCGGUCACCGCGCUGCUCACAGGCCGGGCCGGGCCGGGCCGGGCCGGGCCGGGGGAGCGGGGGGCCCGCGGGGGCCGAGCCCAGGCUGCAGCGGCGGCGACCGGCGGCUCCCGAGUGCCGGCGCCCCGCCCGCGCUCAGCGGGACCGCGUUUUGAAAACGCGCCCGGCCGCCCCGCCUCUUGUCCGCCCGCCGCCGCCGUCCGCCCGUCGCCAUCGCAACGCGGCCUACUCGUGGGUGCCGCCGGAGCAGGCCUCGGGGUCGACUAGCGGCGCAGCAAGGCUGACAGCUUCCUCACCAGCUGCCCUCUUCCAGCGAGUGAUCCUACCAGGGUUUACGCCACCUCCUGUUGUUCACUGGCAGAAUGGCCAGUCCAUGAGCACCCUCCACCAGAUGCACAAGGCAGGCAAGCCCAAGAAGGCACCUCCCAAGCUGGGCCCCACCUUUGGUCGGCCCCAGCUGAAGGGGGUGGUGCUGAAAACCAUGAUCCGCAAACCCAAGAAGCCCAAUUCGGCCAACCGCAAGUGCGCCCGCGUCAGGCUCAGCAACGGCAAGGAGGUGAUCUGCUUCAUUCCUGGAGAAGGCCACAAUCUCCAGGAGCACAACAUCGUGCUGGUGGAGGGAGGCAGGACACAGGACUUGCCAGGGGUCAAGCUCAAGGUUGUGCGUGGGAAGUAUGACUGUGCCCACGUGCAAAAGAAGAAGUAGUUUGUCCGUCCUAUCGCUGGAACCGGGACUGUACGUGGACAUUAAAUGGUGUUUGUAUUUACAAUGGAAA